AUGAUACCGAACACUGCACUCGUGAACUCGCUGCCGAGAAACAUUCUAGCGCAGAAACGUGCUCGCACCAGCACGCCCAAAAGCCGUGGUGGCUGCAUUGCGUGUAAAAAGAUGCAUCUCAAAUGCGACGAAGGAAAGCCGACGUGCUCUCGAUGCGACAGAGCGCACCGGGAGUGCCAAUACUCUGGGCUCGACCCGCAGCCAGGUUGCCCUGUUGUCUCUCAGCAGAGGACGAUCCUUCCGAAACCGAACGUGUCCGGGCUCGAAGUAACAGGCAAACUCUACAUGCAACCAAGAGCAACCAGUCUGGAACCAUCUGAGGUUCCUUACUUUGACAUGUUUCGGUACCAAAUGAGACAGGAUUUUGCUUCUACUCACUGCACACUCUUCUGGAAUCGGGUAAUUCCCAGAGAGGCCAUGAGAGACGACUGUGUGCGCUCGUCCGUUUUGGGUGUAGGCGCUUUGAUCUUAUCUUUCCGUCGCCUAGGCUCUGAGCCUUUCCUCGGCCCUUUCGGAGAAACUGGUGACAAAGCCCAUCAAUCUGCAAUCCGAUACCACGCCAGGGCUAUCAAAGGACUUCAAGACAGAAUGCAGCGGGGCUUUCAUACUAUUUCACGUCGCAAUGUUCUGAUCAACAUGUUCUUACUGCUUCUCUUUGAGCUUCUGCACGGAAACACUAAAGCCGCCGAUCGGAUGCUGAGCAGUAGUGUUGAGCUCUUGCGGCAGAGGAAGGAUCAACUGCUUGAAGAGGUCAGCUCACAAUAUCGACCGCAACGUCAACCGCUCUACCUUGCCGUCUCAAAUGAUGAAGGGCUAGAGGAGGCCGAAAUAAUCCUCCCUCGGCUACAAGUUUUCUGCAGCCUGAACUCACCUUUUUUCCCCUUGCAAAAGCGCUGCUGGGCCAGACUCCAAUCGCGACCUACGCCUAGCGCUGUCCCAUCGCCGACUACUAGUUUUGGGGAGUUGGGCGCCAUGUGGAACAGCUUCACCACCAGAGCUGUUGUAUUUGUCGUCAAGGCAAUGCAGGAGUUGGUUGCAAGUGGGCAUACAAGGGACCUUGAACCAUAUUUGGAUCAUCAAGCCGCCUUUCUCCAACAGUUGGGCCAAUGGGAAGAGGCGAUUCUGCAGAGAUAUGAGCAGGAGACAAACGCCAUACAGCUACAGACCCUCAAGGUCUUCCACAUGGGACAAAAGGUCGUUUUCAUUCUUCUCAACUGUUGUCUCGAUACCACGGAGCUUGGGUAUGACAAGUUCGGACACGUCUUUCAGGACAUCAUCGAUACGACGCAUGCUCUAGCACCAGUGUCAAGGGGUAUGUCGCGGAUCGAGGUGAUACUAGAUAUAUAUUUUCUUCCAGUUUUGAACUUUGUGUCGCAGAAAUGUAGGGACACAGCUGUUAGGCAAGAGGCUCUAGACUUGUUUGAGAAGAUGACUUCUAGCAUGGGUGGGUGGGAGGCGAGGGCGAGUUUGUUGGCCAGGCGGCAGCUCAUGGCGCUCGAGGAGAGAGGACGGACGGCGACUGGAGAGAUUCCUGCAGAUUCCCGGUACAUCUGGAGCGACGCCACCUGGAAUGAGUCUCAGUCGGCACUCGAGGUUGUUUUCACGAGGGCUUCACCGAAUCCAUUCGGUGUACGCGACACUGAAAACUUAGCAAUUGAACUGGCAGAACUUAUCGGGUAG